GGCGUGCCUGAAGAAGUAACUCAAUCGUUGGUGGGAGCCUAUCAGGAAGACCCUGUCACGAUGGACAUCAUGUGCAAACUUCAAGCAAAAGACAAGACCACGGAAAGUGAGUUUGUGAUGGUGGACGGGCUACUCUAUCUUGAUAAGGCCGGAAUAAAAAGGUUAGUAGUUCCAUCUAGUGAACGUUUGCGUAGUUUGUUUCUAGGAGAAUGCCAUGACGCAACCGGGCACUUUGGCUACAAAAAGAGGAGUGCUAAUCUAGUUCAGCGAUUUUGGUGGCCUGGAAUGCUGGAUGACGCGAAAAAGUACGUAGAGAUCUGUCAGGUCUGUCAGCGGGACAACCCGCAUACUCAAGCACCGCUUCGGUUGCUGAAGCCCUUACCUAUCCCCGGUGGUCCAGGACAGAGUGUUUCCAUGGACUUCAUGGACACCCUGGUGACCAGUAAGAGUGGCAAGAGGCACAUCUUCAUCAUCAUCGAUCGAUUCACCAAGUACGCUAGACUAGUGGCUAUGCCAGAGACCGCAAGGACUGGCCAGGUCAUCACGUUGUUCAAGGACAACUGGUCAACUUCAAAUGACUUCAGGGAAUCAUCCCGAAGCCAUUACAUCAAGCCCAACCAGGAUGACUGGGAUGAGAAGUUGCCUCUCAUCGCCAGUUUGUACAACAACGCUGUACACAGCAGUACCGGCGUUAGUCCUAAUCAGCUGCACUUGGGAUGGAAGCCUAGAUCAGCACUGGACUUCCUCCUACCCGAAAACCGACCCUCUGCAACUCCAGGCACACUUGAGUAUGGUGUGCAAUAUGAGAAGUUGUUAGAGCAAGCUGUCGAGCAUAUGAAGAAAGCUCAGCAAGCAAUGAUUGCUUCUGAGAAUAAACAUCGACGACAGUCCUCAUUUCAGGUAGGGGAACGUGUCUGGGUUAAGGCUAGUGAGCUAGGACAGGAGUUCGGAAUCUCUCGAAAACUAAUGCCUCAGUAUUUUGGUCCCUGGGAAGUCCUGGAUAUAGUGGGGGAUGAGAUGGAUGGUCCCACAUAUGUCAUCCUUGUCCCUGGACACCUACGCACUUACCUUGUCAUUCAUGCCUCAAAGCUUGCACCUUUAGCUGAGACGGAUCAAUUCCCUUCAAGGAGAUCGAUGCUGCCCCCAACCAUGGAUGGCCAAGUGGACAUCGACGACAUUGUGGAUCACAGGGACAUACCUGUUCCAAAGCCGCUGGGCCGAGGAAGACCUCCCAAGCCCAAGAGAGAGUAUCGCGUCAGAUUCAGGCAUCACACGGAUCCAAAAGAAGAUCGUUGGUUUACCAGAGAGGAACUGAUUGAGAUAGCUCCUCAAGUGGUGGCAGAUUAUGAGAGAAAGCUGAAAGGGAAGUCACCUGCGAAGUAAGCAUCUCAUGCGUAUGUUCUGGGCUAAGGCCCCAGCAAGCCUAGAGC